GCUCGUUUUCUAUUGGUCAAUCCACGUGCUAUUUAUGCUAAACGCUCUUCUCCACGGCACAGACUUUACCGGAGGCAGCCGCAGCGAGAGUCCCAAUGUCAUCACCGGCAACACGCGGAAGAGAAACCGAAACGAUGACCAGUGCUAGCUUUUGAGGAUUUGAGAGGGUCUGAUCAGAGAGAAAAACAAGGCCUGGAAUGUGAGAACUUAUGGAAACACGGGUGCGGCGGACGGCAUGGAGCUCUCAGGUUUUCCGUUGUUGAGCUGCUGAAGUGGCCGAUGCCUCACACUGACUGACAAGUUAUCUCCCAGCACAGCCCCUGACAGUAUCAUCUGUUAUCCUCUGCUCCACUCCUCACCCCUCCUCCUCAACCAGAGUGUCCUAUUUAUACACUGGAGACUCCCCAAGGCUACUGUGGUCCCUGUGAACCUCUGGAGGACCAGCUACAGGGAGCAUGCAUCCUACUGCACCUGUCACUUCACCUGCCACUGCACCUGAGCACUUUUGAGGCUUUGCAAACAGUGUUGCAGAGUUGAAAGGAGGAUGUAGGACAUAGUGGAGACUGAGACAGAUUUGCUGCUUUGUAAAUAUAUAUAUCUCAAGGGGCAGCCAUGAGUUAAUCCUGGUACAGACUGGGCGCCCCCCGCAGGAUGACCGCGGUUUGCCCUGUGGACAACAGCCCAGAGGAGGCUGAGACCACCGCCAAGGCCUCCAGAGCCUCCAGAGAGUCCGGACCCUCAGGGACUGGGGGGAGCAGCUCUGUGACUGGCCCUGACACUGUGGACUCAAAUGGAGACUCAGUGCAGGGCUCAAGUGCAGCUGCAGGGGGUGCUGUUCACAGGUACAGCCGCUGCAGCCAACAGGACAGCUCUGACAUCAACACAGAUGAUGAGGGAGCUACUGUCCGCCGCCUCACGCCGCUCGAGAGGCUCAACCUUGACAUGUGCCAAGAUGACCGAGUCGUCCGAGAGUUGACAGUUGGAAGAAGAAUUGGCUUCUAUAAAAUUCGAGGAGAAAUCGGCUGUGGGAACUUCUCCCAUGUGAAGCUGGGGAUUCAUGCUCUGACGAAAGACAAAGUGGCCAUUAAGAUCCUGGACAAAACCAAACUGGACCAGAAAACACAGAGGCUACUGUCCAGAGAAAUCUCAAGCAUGGAGAAACUGCAUCACCCCAACAUCAUCCGGCUCUAUGAGGUGGUGGAAACCUUGUCACGGUUGCACCUGGUGAUGGAGUAUGCAGGAGGAGGAGAGCUCUACACCAAGAUCACCACUGAAGGAAAACUCUCUGACGCCAGCAGCAAAAUAGUCUUCGCUCAGAUUCUCUCUGCUGUGAAACACAUGCACGAAAACAACAUCAUCCACCGUGACCUGAAGGCGGAGAAUGUAUUCUACACCAGCAGCUCUUGUGUCAAAGUGGGCGACUUCGGCUUCAGCACCCUAAGUCGCCGUGACGAGACUCUAAACACAUUCUGCGGCUCUCCUCCGUAUGCUGCCCCCGAGCUCUUUCGUGACGAGAAUUAUUUGGGCAUUUUUGUGGACAUCUGGGCACUGGGAGUCAUGCUGUUCUUUAUGGUGACUGGGACCAUGCCUUUUAGAGCAGAUACUGUGGCCAAACUGAAGAGGUGCAUUCUGGAGGGGGCGUAUGUGCUUCCCCCUUGGGUUUCUGAGCCGUGCCAGAGGUUGAUAAGAAGAAUUCUACAGCCAAUCCCCAGUGAUCGCUGCACAGUGGAGCAGAUGAUGAGUUGUGAGUGGUUGCUACCCGUGGACUUUCCAAGAGCCAUGGUGCCAUUCAAACUAGACCCUUCAUAUUUAGCAGAAAGUGAACUAUCUGAACUAACAGAUGAAGAGAGAGACGUGAAAGCUUCAUUAGAAACAUUAGGAAUCACAUCAGAACAUAUUCUAAAUAAUCAGGGCAAAGACUGCCGCAGCUCCAUCACAGGGGUCUACAGGAUCCUGCUGCAUCGCGCGCACAGGAAGAGGGCAGUGGACAGUGUGCCUGUAGUUACGCAAGUCCCUCCAAACACAAACACCAGUAAGAAAGAGAGACUAAAAGUGUACCGGAGUUUACGACACACAUCCAAACUUUGUGUAAUUCUGUAGAUUCCCUGCUUGGAAAAAAAAAGGUCUAGGCAGCAUGAUGUUGAGUAGAAAAUCCCAAUGUUGCAGUUUAGCGGUUUAAAAACAUACUAAGGUUGAAUUAUUCCAUAGCUUCUGAAAUCUGGGAUUUCAUAACUUUUAUAGUAACUUAACUAGUCUCUGUGAGAAUGUUGAUUAUGGUCAGUUGAUUUUGUCUCGUGACAAAAAGAACAUCCAUAUCACAACACAAAUAGCCUAUAUAUUUAUUUUUUAAUUCUUUAAAGUUAAAGCUUUAUGCUUCAUCAACCUAUUGUGACGAUUACCAGCAAGUAGCUGAAAUAAAGACGGUGUCUUCUCCUUCAUGGUUAUGAGAUAAGUUAAAACACAAAUAAUAAUUUUAUUGUUUGGUUUACUGGUUAAACAUGUUUUUAUUUACCUGCUGCCAUGUCCAUACAAAUCAUGAAUCAAAUAAACGAAUAAAAACUAGCCGACUGGUUGCGACUUGCCAAAUACACUGCUGUGUUUAAUGUGC